CAAAAAGCAAACCUUCAUUUCAUUAUUUUUAGUGAUGAUGCUGAGCUGAAACUUUUGGAAUGUGUGAAAACAUUGGUAUUGAAAGCCCAUGGUGAAAAUACUGCAAUCAAUGAACUGUAGAGGUCAUUGAGUUUGUGAUUCCCCACGACCCUCGUUUUCAACAAACAGGAAGUUUCCAAAAAGAAUUGAAAAUGGCAUCAACGAGUCGUGGUCCAGGAAGACCCAAGCCACUGGCUGCUAUGGUAACAUGUUCCUACCACCCAGAGGCAACUCUCAUAGAAGAUCACCAUGCAGGGGACAUGAUCUGCUCAGAAUGUGGACUAGUCGUUGGGGAUAGGGUAGUAGAUGUUGGCUCAGAAUGGCGAACAUUUAGCAAUGAUAAAGACACUAAAGAUGCAUCUCGUGUUGGUGCAGCGGAGAAUUCCCUUCUCUCAGGUGGAGAUUUAUCUACAAUGAUUGGUCCGAGUACGGGGCCUGCAAGUUUUGAUGCUGACGGGAAACCUGUUUAUAGAAAUAGAAGAACAUUGAACAGUUCAGACAGAGCACUGUUAGCUGCCUUCAGAGAGAUAAGUCAGAUGGCAGACAGGUUGAACCUCCCCCACAUGAUAGUGGAUCGUGCCAAUACACUUUUCAAGCAGGUCCAAGAUACAAAAUCUCUAAAAGGUCGAAGUAAUGACGCAAUUGCCUCAGCAUGCAUGUACAUUGCAUGUAGGCAAGAGGGGGUACCAAGAACAUUCAAAGAAAUAUGUGCAGUAUCAAAGAUCUCUAAGAAGGAAAUUGGUAGAGUCUUUAAGUUGAUCUUAAAAACCCUGGAAACGAAUGUUGAUCUCAUUACAACUGGUGAUUUUAUGUCUCGAUUCUGUUCCAAUCUUGGACUGUCCAACAAGAUCCAGCGCUGUGCCACCUACAUUGCAAAGAAAGGAGUUGACCUUGACCUUGUGUCUGGUCGUAGCCCGAUAUCCAUAGCAGCUGCUGCCAUCUAUAUGGCUUCACAGGCAUCAAAUGACAAGAAAGACCAAAAAGAGAUUGGAGACAUAGCUGGAGUAGCAGAAGGGACAAUUAGACAGUCCUACAAACUGUUGUAUCCAAGGAGAGCUGAUCUUUUCCCUGAUGACUUUGUCUUUGCUGUCAGGCCAGAGAACCUUCCUACUAACUGA